AUGCAAGCCAUCAAGGCAGGUAGUCCGUUGCCGGAGGACAUGUCGUUGGCGGUGGACAGCAAGCUGAUCGUGGGCAUACCUCGCGUGGCCACCACCACCAAGGACAAUGCGCCCGUCCACAUCGACGUCGGUGGCACCAUCUAUACUUCGUGUCUGGAAACUUUGACUUCAUUCCCGGAGUCCAGACUGAGCAAGAUGUUUAACGGCACGAUUCCAAUAGUCCUGGACACGUUGAAGCAGCACUACUUCAUCGACCGUGAUGGUGGCAUGUUCCGCCACAUCCUCAACUACAUGCGCUACAGGAAGCUGCUGCUGCCAUCCGACUUCCAAUACUUGGACCUUCUGAUACAUGAGGCGCAGUUCUUCGAGCUUGACAAUAUGGUGUAUGCUCUGACGAAGGUGAAGGUAGAAAGGGAAGGAAUGAAGCAGGAUAGGGAGUGGCUGAGCGAGGCUACUGAGCGCCUGAAGAAGGAAACUGAGAUACUGAUGCACGAACGUGGCCGUCUGCAGCAGCGCUGGUCUUAAACAGAGCUAGACUGCAGUUUCCAAGACAUCAGCUGAUCCAUAACCGAAGAGACGUCGCAUUUAAGUACUACUUUUUAAGGUUGUUUUUGAAGUACCGUUUUGUAUUUACUUUGUAGUGUAAAUUGUAAUCAAUUAAUGUUUAGUAAAAUUCCAAAGUUAGAUACUUAGUUACGUUAGUUAUGUUUUUAGUGAUUAUCUUAUUAGGUAUAGUAGCGAGAGUUUGCUUAUUAUAGUAGUUAUUAAUUUGACACAGUAGGUAAGUGAAAUCAUAAAAUAUUAGAUAUUAUUAUUAAUUUUAUUUAUAAAAUUGGAAAUUCGUUAACACGUUGAAGAGAUGCACAGAAAUAUUUUUUUAUUAAGUGGAUAAUAAUUAACCCAUAGGAAAAUAUGCCAUCUGACUAAUUAAAUCCAUAGCAAGUCUUAUAGAAUUCAUUAACCUACUACUUACCUGCUGCAAUAUUUACAAUUAAUAAUGGGCAAAGUUGACUACUGUUCAAAAAUAUUGUUAAGGAAACUAGGCACACCAAGAUACUUUUAUUUCAUUCCUAAGCAAUAUUUAUUGUUUCUGUGAAUCUUAAAAAACGUGUAAAAUAUUCGUUGUUCCUUUAUAAAAAUGUUGUUAUUAUUAAUUAGUUUAAUUGUUGAUCUUAUGUUAUUAACGUUAAACGUUCCCAUCAAUUAUUAUUUUUAAGUAUUUUCCUAGUUAAGUAUUUCAUUUUGAAGUAGGUAAUUGGUUAAGGAACAUAUUAUACUUAAACAUAAUCUUUCAUUAUUAGAUAUUAGGUAUACUAUUAAAAUUAUUAGUACUUAGAAGUAGUAUGUUUAAUAUAAUUAAGUAGCUACUUGUAUUUCUAAUUCUAUUUUAUAAAAUUAAGGUGAAAUUUAAGUGAAUGAUAUAUAAAAUGGUAAUUAUAAAAGCUGUUUAUUAGAAUUCAUGUUGCAGAAAUGCUGAAACAUGUUUGGUGGACAUUUAUUGGUUAUAUAAUUUAAAAUUAUUUGUAGAUACUUAAUAUCGGUGAUUCGUAUACCAGAAUUGUGCUAUUUACUUAAGGGAUAAGUGUGUGUACAUAAUUAGGGCUGGUGGCUUAUUGGGUAGGUUACAUAGAAUGGAUGCUCACUUCAGCAGGAUAGAUUAUUUCAGGGUGUCGAAACAUUAGGAAUCUCAAUAUGUUGAAAACUUGAAUGUCACAUUUUUGACUAAAAUGUGAAUUUUGAAUAAUGAUCUUUACGUAAAACAAGAACCAAAAAUGAGCUAGAUAUUCGCAGAAUCGCAGACCUGAUUCAAAUUGUCUUUCAUGAUAAGUCACCUUAAAUGAAUAGGGCGUGAGGGCAAACACUUUUCAAAAUUAAUUAAGGUUUUGAUUUAAUUUAUUUAGGUCAGGUAGGUAAGGAACAAUGACGUGAGGUAGAAAAACCUUCGCAAAGACUGAUGUUUUGAUGAUGGUUUAGGUAUUUCGAUACAUGCGAGUUCGAAUGUGUUUAAUGGCUUUGAAAAAGAACAUGAAGCAAGUACAAAGGAGAUGUCAUAAUGUGAUUGUGCACACAAAAAUAAACAUAAAAAUAUGAAGAUGGGUUACCUAUAAGCGAUCAGAAAGUGGCACUCUAAAAUGUGGACAGUUGGCAACGUGUUUGUAGUAUGGGAUUGCAUGUUGGAAAACAGAAAGGGGCCUGAUUUAUAACAUCCUGCGCUCCCUUAAAGCGUCACGCUUAUGUUUAGGAAAAUCCCAUUAUGAUAUCUCUUCUUAGUAUUGGCUUCAUGAAAAAGACACAUGUGAAGAAUCAGCACCAUUAUUAUGAGUGAGUGAGAAAAACAAAGAGAAGUAAAAGUGUGUUAGAGGAAUUCUUGAAGCAUUGUCAGUCUCAGAGAAAGUACCUACUAGGUGAUAUCUUUUGUUAUGAGCACGAUGUAGUAUUAUGGUUAAUACACUUUCUACAGAUUAGGCUAUGGUGACCAUCAGUUGACCUGAAAGUUUUACUGCCUACAAAAGUAGUUUAAAAAAGGAUGAAAUCCAUUUAGCUGAGCGAAUGUGAUGGAUGGAUAUGAAGGGGAAAAUACCAGAAGGUUUGAGAAGCAGUGCAUGUCAUAAAUCACAAAGGUAAUAGUAAAAAAAGUACUUGCUUGAGAAUUGGGAUGAGGCUAGACUCUUUAUUACUAAAUUCUUCAUAAAGGUAUCAAAAUUAUUUUUAUUUUGUCCACCUCAAAAACUCAAAUUAAACAGCGUCGCUCCAUCUGCAGUAACAUUCAGGUUUUUAUAAAUAUUUAUAUUGUCAUUUACUUGAACUUCUAUUUUUAUUAAACCUCUAAAUAGAGGUAGUAUCUAGGUCUCUCAUUUCAACAAAACAUACCUCGAAAAGUAGCUUAGUUGUUUUUGUAAUCAUAUAGACAUUAGCGCACCGGUAUCUGGAAGUCUGAUCUCAUUGAUAAAUUAAUGUGAUUGGCUAUUACUGAGCGAGGAAGACAUAAAGCGAUGGUGCUGCCAGCGGCUGUAAUGUUUAACUUUGGAUUGGGCACUAACGCCCGAAUACUGUAAUGCUGCUCAAUUUUAAGUUGUACUUAAAUAUCGUGAUAUUUCUGUCAUUUUUUUAUGAUGUGAUAGGGACAGAACUAGUUUUGAGAGCGUCAUGAUUGAGUAGCUUUGAAUAUUCGGACAUAAGGGGAGAAGAAGUAUCUAGCACUGUCGUUUUGUUUUUUCCUUUCUGAUAAGAAUUAUAUUUAUUAUCUAUUUAUUGACGUUCUUUAGCCUCAUCUCUGUCAGCCAAAUUUCCAAAAUUCUAAUGUAAACGAUAAAAAUACUGACAGAAUGUUUGUUUCGAUCAACCUUCGAGAUGUCUGGUGUUUACUUGUUUAGACUAAGUUUAGUUUAGUCGUUGUUUGAGGCUAGUUCAUUUUAAUUUUAGUUUUAAAGAGGCUCCUUUUUAAUUUGCUCCAUUUCACAUAGAAGACAAAUCAUAAAACAUUUCGAUGCGUAAUAUCAAGAACUAUUUUGUUAACAAUAUAAUCAGUCAGUAGUUGUAGUGUGAACCUAAAUUUAGCUACUUUUUAGUUGCAGUAAUAUAAAAAUGACCCAUAAAUAAUAUUCUAUUAAGUUUAAUAUUUAAUAUAAACUAUUAUAGGCCUUUGGUUUUAAUAUUGAUUUCAUGAAAUAUAAGUAAAUGUUUUCGGAUGAUCUGCAACCUAUUAGAUUAGUAUAAGCCGGUACUUUGGUAUUAUUGUCCUGGUACUCGGUAUUUUAUUUCGGGGUUCCUUUACCCCAGCUUAUACUGCGUAGAAAGAAGAAAACAGGAAAUUACUUAUUCAUUCCUUCAAGACUAUGAAUUAACCAAAGCUUUAGUAAAAAUUUUGGCUUACACGACAUAAAAUUAUACUAAAGACUACAGAAAUAUAAUAAGUACUGUAAGAUCGCGUUUCUAUGAUCCUAGAAGGUAACUUUGACCCAAGCUUUUAGACCAGUGGAAAACUAAUAUACCUACGCAUUUUUCUGGAUUCUUAUUGGUAUCAAAAUUACCCCUAGUGUCAAAGAAAUCCGAUCUUACCGAUAUUCGGUGUGAUUUCUUAUUUCAGUCUAUCAAAAUGUUUGUUUCCUGGUUUCUUAUUUCUAUACUGUGUUUGUUAUAGAAUAGAUAUAGUAAUAGUAAGUACAAUAAUUAAGGUUACCCAUAAGUUUAUAUACCACACAGUGGUACUAUUUAGCUUCUAAUGACAUACUUUUAUCUUCUUUAGCCUAUGUAUUGAUAUUUCACCUUGUGAUUAUAAUAAAGGAAUAAAAGAAA